GUCAAGCCGCCGUGCGGCACACACACAUAUUCGCAAGACAGCCGUCUUACGGCAAACACAUUUUUGGCCAGCCGUCUUACGGCAGGGACUCAUCAGUCGAACGUCGUGAAGCUCACACGUUACCGUUUUCGCGUGCGCGAACUCGGAGUGCUCGGUCGCCCAUCGCAGACCACGAAGACCUAAUCGCUUGCUAUCCUGCCUAUCUGUGCCUGCUUGCUAUACCUGCCUGCCCGCUUGCUAUGCCGGACUGUUGCAUGCUUUCGCCUUGCACGCCAGAGAUCUCGCCAACGGGAGGACGACGUCAACACCCAGGAGGCGCCGGGCAACGACACGGAGGAAAAGUGUUGGUUUCCAGCAUGACGUCGAAAGUCCCGAUGACAGUUUCGGCAAUCGCGACGAGAAUCGUAGCAUGCCCGCCGUGUCGUCACACAUCUUGCUCUUUCCUCCGUCACUGUCGUCACGUAUUAUACAUGUCAACGCACGCAACGAUGGCAAAUGUAUUGCAGCAGAUAACGUGGACUUUGUUCGUUGCUUCCACAUAUACGUACGAGGUCAACGAGGCAAGUUUCAACGUGGGAACACGGAGUUUUUUGAGAAUCGGCACGGACGUGAGCGUUGCAAGAUGCGCUCG